AUGGGUCUCCUCGCCAUUUUGGUGCUUGUUGCCAUGGCACAGGUUUCCUACUGUGGCGGCAGCGCCAUCGACUACAGCAAGGCGCUGAGCAAGAGCAUCCUCUUCCUUGAGGCGCAGCGGUCCGGUGUCCUCCCCGGCAACCAGAGAAUUUCAUGGAGGGCCAACUCCGGCCUCCUCGACGGGAAGGCCAACGGGGUGGAUCUUACGGGUGGCUACUACGAUGCCGGCGACAACGUCAAGUUCGGGCUGCCGAUGGCGUUCACGGUGACCAUGAUGUCGUGGAGCGUCCUGGAGUACGGCGAGCAGAUGGGGGCGGCCGGCGAGCUCGGCCACGCCAUGGAGGCCAUCAAGUGGGGCACCGACUACUUCGUCAAGGCGCACCCGGAGCCCAACGUGCUCUACGGAGAGGUUGGGGACGGCGAAACGGACCACAACUGCUGGCAGCGGCCGGAGGACAUGACGACGAGCCGUCAGGCGUACCGCCUCGAUACCCAUCACCCAGGGUCCGACCUCGCCGGAGAGACCGCGGCCGCAAUGGCGGCGGCGUCGCUCGUGUUCCGCCGCUCCAACCCCGGCUACGCGAGCCAGCUCCUGCAGCACUCCAAGCAGCUGUUUGAUUUCGCCGACAAGUACCGGGGAAGGUACGACGCCAGCAUCCCCGUCGCCAAGAAUUACUACGGGUCGGUCAGCGGAUACGGGGACGAGCUUCUUUGGGCGGCGACGUGGCUGUUCCACGCGACGGGCGAGGGGCAGUACCUUGACUACCUGGCCAACCACGCCGACGCGCUGGGCGGCACGGGCUGGUCCACCAGCGAGUUCGGGUGGGACAUCAAGUACCCCGGCGUGCAGGUCCUGGCUGCCAAGAUCCUGCUGCAGGGCAAAGCCGGCGCGCACGCCGCCGUGCUGCGGCGGUACAGGCAGAGGGCGGACUUCUUCGCGUGCUCCUGCCUCCGCAAGCAGGGGGGCUCCGGCGACGUCCAGCGCACGCCCGGCGGCCUGAUGUACCACCAGAAGUGGAACAACCUUCAGUUCGUCACGAGCGCGUCGUUCCUGCUCGCGGCCUACUCCGACAGCCUCGCCGCCGCCGGCCAUGGAGCCGCCGCGCAGGUGCAGUGCUCGUCCGGGUCGGCGGCGCCCUCGGAGCUCAUGUCGUUCGCCAAGUCCCAGGUGGACUACAUCCUGGGCAGCAACCCGAAUGGGACGAGCUACAUGGUCGGGUACAGCAACGUUUACCCGCGGGAGGCGCACCACCGCGGCGCGUCCAUCGUGUCCGUCAAGUCCAACCCGGCCUUCGUGAGCUGCCACGACGGGUACUCGAGCUGGUACGGCCGCAAGGGCAGCAACCCGAACCUGCUGGACGGCGCCAUCGUCGGCGGGCCCGACGAGCAGGACAAAUUCUUGGACGAGAGAAACAACUACGAGCAGACCGAGGCGACCACCUACAACAGUGCGCCGUUCAUGGGCGUGCUCGCUCGGCUCGCCGCCGGACACGGCGGCGGCGGCCUGUUUGGGCGGUCACUUUCAUAUGGUACUGACAACAAGACCUCACUUCUGCAGAGUAUUGCAGCAGCGGUCGAUGAAGAAGAUAAGCACGCGUCGCCGAUCGCGAUCAAGCAGAAGGCGACGAGGUCAUGGACGGAGAAGGGCCGGACGUACCGCCGGUACGUGGCGACGGUGACCAACAGGUCCCCGAACAAGACGGCGCACGAGCUGCACAUCGGCAUCGCCAAGCUCUACGGCCCGGUGUGGGGGCUCGACAAGGCGCGCUACGGGUACGUGCUGCCAGGCGCCGCCGCGGCGUCGGUGCCCGCCGGCGGGAGCGUGGUGUUCGUGUACGUCCACGCGGCGCCGCCGGCGAACGUCUGGGUCACCGGCUACAAGCUCGUCUGA